AUGGACUGGGGCGAAUACGACGUAGACGUGGUCCCCACUCCCGCCGAUAACGGAAGGGAGGAUUUGGCUGAAGCUAUAGAAGAGCAGGGGGGCUAUUACGUGGAUCUUUUUACGCCACCAGAUAUGGGGUUCAACCAACCCACAUACACUGAUCAAGAGCUAGAACAGGAUUUGUUCCAUUACAACAUAAUCAAGAAAAAUUUUGACGCAACUCUUUUAUAUUCGGACACUGAUUCGUUCCUGUAUGAAAUCCGCAGCAAAGAUCUCAAUGAAAUUGAGAAAAACCAUGAAAUGCGAAAUCAUUUUGACUUUUCAAAUCUACCAGCCACCCACCCCCUCUACACCAUUGAGAAUUUGCGCGUUACCCUCAAAUUCAAGGACGAGUUUGCUGGGGAGAUCAUACGGGAGUACGUCGGACUAAAGCCCAAACUGUACAGCAUUAUUUCUUCCAGCUCUGAUAAGAAAAGCGAAAAAGGAAUUUCAAAAUAUACGAAAAGGGAGCUAACCCAUUAUAAGCGCUAUAUACAUACAGACAGGGUAACUACUAGUCCUUUCGGACAUAAACGUUUGCGUGAGGAUAUGUUCAUAAGAGAAAUUGGGCGCACCAUGGACUGGGGCGAAUAUGACGUAGACGUGGUCCCCACUCCCGCCGAUAACGGAAGGGAGGAUUUGGCUGAAGCUAUAGAAGAGCAGGGGGCUAUUACAUGUGGCAGUCUGACUGGCUCCGAUUCUGUAUUCACUCAUUUGAGUCUGAACAUCACAGAGUGCAGGAGUCUACAGGACUGCAUGCAGAUGUUCUUCCAGGAGGAACUGAUGGACGGAAACAACCUCAUUUACUGCGAGAAAUGUGGGAUGAAUGUUGCGAAGACAAGGAAGACGUCUAUUGGGAGACUGCCUCGGGUGUUGUAUGUGCAUCUGAUGCGGUUCCAAUGGCAACUCACCGGUAGAGUCAAGUCGAAACAGAAGAUAGACAUCCCACUAUACUACGACUUCCAACCAUUCUUCGACUUGAAAGGGGUCAAUUCGGGCGUAUUCUACAAUGACACCAGGUUCCAAUUGGUCGGAGCAGUGUUUCACGUCGGAACCUCUUCUACAUGUGGACAUUACAUGGCCUCCAUAAAAACCUCGAUGAAGGGACCUUGGAAAGAUUUCAAUGACUCCAAGGUCAAAAACUCAACUCUAAUAACAUCAUCAACUUCGAACAAAUCUGAUGCAGAAUCAUCGUCAACCUCUGGUGCCAAAAAGUCAUCGGCAAAAGUGCCAAAAGUGAAUACAGCUAAUAGACCGAAACAUGCGGCUAAUACUACUGGCAGCCCUGAAUUUUCAUCAUCAGACGCGUACGUUUUGGUCUAUGUUGCAGACAACUAUAUUGACGAAUAUUUCUGCAGUUCAAAAAGUAGUGCUAAUGGUAAAACCAGCAAAAAGACUGCCGAUGGUGGUAAUCGAGCGAGUCCUGUGGAAGUCAAUAGCAUGUUUAACCCCACUACAACUCCGAAUGUAGAUGAAAUUAGUAAAGGGUCACUGCCGUUGGAUUUGGAUCGAUAUGUGAGUGAACAGAAUAGUUUGUUCGUUGCUAAAAUGCGUGAAGAUGAGAAUGCAGUGGAGAAGAAAUGGGACCAGGCGGUGUACCUGGCAGACUUCGCGUCCAGACUGCCCAGUUACGAUCCUGAUUCAGAAAACCACGCGUACGUGCCCAUGCCUCUCAUCCGGAGGUACUUUGAGGACCCAGGUGCUGCUCUGGUAGAGUAUGGGUGUGUGGAUUCGCAGUCGAAGUUCCUCUGCAGCCACGGGAGACUGUCACUGCAGAAACUGACUUCCAAGAUACCUUUCAAACGCAUAUCAGCGUCAGCUGCUAUGACCUUGAAAAACAGUGGCUUUAGUCUGUUCUGGAAAAAGAACAUCUGUCGUGACUGUGUGCAAGAGGCAGUUGAAUGCUACGUGUUUGAGGAGCGACUUAAAACUGAGUGGAAAUGUAUGUUGAAAUAUACGAACAAUUCUACUCUCACAAACAACGUUGAACUUGUAAGAUAUCUGUCAAAAGCAACAACACAUGUGCAAGUGGAUCUGAAACUUAAACCGAAUGGAGUGUUCCAAAUUGAGAAUGUAAUUGAUAGAGGAGUCAAUAAUGGGACUGGAAGUAUAUCUGGCAAGCAGAUAAAUGAACCGAUGGAUGUAUCGGACGAAAUGAGAGUAGUAGGGAAUGAAAAUGAAGACGCGGGAAGAAGUGCCGAUUGUUUUGUGGUGAAUCAGAAGCUAUUGAAGGAGUGGAGGAAAAUAAGAAAGAAUGCAAUAGCUCCACAACACAGAGUAGCUGCAAAGUUAGAUGCUGACGAGAGUAACGGGUGUGAUCUCGUGCACCAAUCAAGUAGCCCAACUGACGAUCAGGGAUCCGAGGGGUCGACGGAGGCACCAGUGACUAGUCUAACUGAGGAACUUAUUUGCAAUCAUCAGAAAAUAAACCCAGAUGAAAGAUGUUGGGCUUUGAUUGGGUCUGAUGGCAUGCAGUAUGUGCAGAAAUAUUUCCCCAGAACUGAAAAAAUUUGUCCUCCAGGUGUAAAAGUGUGUGGGGGCUUCGGUGGAUUUGGAGACGUCGAUGUGGAUGUGGUGCCGUGGGAGAUCUGUGCAGAGUGCCGACAUCUAGCGAAGCAAGAAGAAGAUUUAACAGAGGUGGCUAGAAUGCGACUAAAACCAUAUCAAAAUAUUCUGAAGGAGUUGAGAUGGAAUCAGAGUUCGACUUCAGUCGGUCGAGUGCCUCCACUGGACGGGGUGUCUCGUCUCUAUGCAAUCCCACUCACUGUAUUAGACGAUCUUCAAGAUUUGAUCAAGCGUUUCAAAGAAAACUCAGGCCUCCUGACAGGAGAAUUGUGCGAAUCAGGUGGCCCAUUUUUCUUGGUAAAUUGGGACCCCUUCUAUUGCAGCUGUGAAACAAGACCAAGGAAAAUACCUGUUCACGUUGACGGACCAGACACACCGCGUGAACAAUUUCUUAUCGAACAAAUUGGCCUUGAAUAUUUCAAAAUCACAGAUGAACAAAAGGCCACGCUAGAGAGUUUAAAUAUCGGCUUUUCAAACUCGCCAAUAUUCUUCGAAAAAGUUGAAAAAUUGUCGGAAAACGCGGAAGUUUUUCUCGAUAAUGGAUGCGGUGGACAAAAUAUGCCAUGCAAGUGGAAAAUAAAUUCGAAUAUGUGUUUUCAAUGUUGGAUCAAAAUAACUGAAAAAGCUGACCAGGACCAGUAUCGUUACACUGAAAAAUGUGUCCACAUUGUCCGGAAAAACCGUCUUGAUAAGAUCAGAGAAAUUUCAAAAUACAGCGGGGGGAAUAGAAGGUCACAUCAUUUGUAUGGGUCUCUGAAUGUCUAUGUGAACUCGACGGAUACGAUAUUUGACUUGAAAAAGAAACUAGCACCUCGCGUUCGAAUGUUCAUUUCAAAUAUAGAAUUGUCCCGCUUCAAUUCUGAUUCACAGGCAAUUGAAAUCCUAGACGAGGACGAACGGACUCUUGAGUGUUGUAAAGUGAAACCACUGGUGCAUUUGAUGUAUGAUAAGCCAAAGGAUCCGAAUGCACCUAGUGUUCCAGACACUGAUCACAACUACAGGGAAGCUGGAUUUGCAGGCUCAAAUCUGCUCUCAGGAGCAUCUUCGACUGGAACCAUAGCUACCCAAAAAGCAGACGGAGUUAUUACCGGAAGUCAAAAGUCAGAUGGCGAUAUUAUCGGAGAUCACAAAGUAGAUACCAUGAUUAACGGACGCCAAAAAUCCCAGGAGGAACUGGAUGAUACAGAGUAUCAAAAAAUAGUGAAAACAGUAGUGAAAUGAUGUCUAACGGAAGUGAAAUGUUUGCUUACUUUCCUGCGGUGGUUGGUACGGAAAAAGAUGAGUUCUAAUGCCACAAUGACGAUAUUGCCGGUCCUGAAAAAAUGGAUACCGUGGACAGUUUUGUUAGAUAGAUAGACAGAAAGAUGGAUAUUUUGAUAGAUAGGUAGAAAUAGAGAGAGAUUGGUUCUGUGGAGAGUUUCUUCUCUGAGCGAGUAUUUUGUUUUUGAUGUUUAAGCAAAUGGUUUAGUUCUACAGAUAGUGAGAUAUAAAAUUGAAAUGAUGAAAUGCUUGGUAAUGAUGUUUUGUUUUUGAUGUUUAAACAAAUGGUUUUGUUCUACAGAUAGUGAGAUAUAAAAUUGAAAUGAUGAAAUGCUCA